AGAUUGUGUGAGACGCUCAUCAUGAUCGUCAUAGUACUGAUCAGUUUCCUGAUAAUCGCUUUCAUUGUUUGGUUGCUGCAGGAGCUCCGAAGGCCACCAAACUAUCCACCAGGUCCCCAAUGGCUACCUUUCAUCGGCAACACCCCGUUCAUUCGCAAAAUGGCACGAUCCAGUGGAGGGCAACAUUUGGCUUUCGAAGCCCUCUCCAAGCAGUACAACAGUCCGGUUUUAGGUCUCAAGCUGGGACGGGAAUACGUUGUGGUGGCCCUACAAUAUCCCGCCGUUCGGGAAGUCCACGCCAAGGAAGAGUUCGAUGGAAGACCCGAUAAUUUCUUUCUCCGGCUGAGGACCAUGGGCACCAGACUGGGAGUGACGUGCACUGAUGGACCAUUUUGGGCAGAGCAUAGAAAUUUCGUCGUACGUCACCUGCGGCAAGCCGGAUACGGAAGGCAACCAAUGCAGGUGCAGAUACAAAACGAACUUAACGAACUCACCGGAAUCAUACGUGACUUGAAAGGAGAACCAGUUUGGCCGGGUCAAAUUCUUCCGACGAGCGUAAUCAACGUGCUGUGGACUUUUACCACGGGAUCAAGAAUUCAAAGAGACGAUCCACGGCUUACACGAUUGCUAAAACUGCUGCAAGAUAGAUCCAAGGCGUUUGACAUGUCCGGAGGUGUGCUAAGUCAGUUACCUUGGCUUCGUCAUGUAGCUCCCGAAUGGACUGGGUAUAAUCUGUUGAAGCGAUUCAAUCAAGAACUGAACGAAUUUUUUAUGAUAACUAUCAAGAAGCAUCAUCAAGAAUACAGCGAAGAUAAAUGUUCGGAUGAUCUGAUUUACGCCUUCAUCAAGGAAAUUAAAGAUCGCAUUGAUGAUCCUAGUUCUACUUUUAAUGAUAUUCAAUUGACGAUGAUUAUAUUGGAUAUCUUCAUCGCUGGAUCCCAGACAACCAGUAUUACCAUCGACUUAGCGUUCAUGAUAUUGACCAUGAAGAUCGAUAUUCAGAGGAAGAUCCACGAAGAAAUUGACACCCAUAUGCGGCAGGACGAACUUCCUCAGCAAAACGAUCGAACCAGCUUACCCUACACAGAAGCCUUCUUGCUUGAAGUUCAGAGAUUCUUCCACAUCGUUCCAAUCAGCGGUCCCAGAAGAGCGCUAACCGAUUGCACUUUGGGAGGCUACCGAAUACCGAAGAAUACCACCAUCCUUAUGGGACUGAGAACUGUUCACAUGGACCCGGAGCAUUGGGGUGAUCCGGAAAACUUCAGACCCGAACGGUUCCUCAGCCCGGAUAAUAAGAUAAUCAACACUGAGCGGUUGAUUCCGUUCGGCUUGGGAAGAAGACGAUGUCUCGGUGAAUCACUUGCACGAGCAUGUAUGUUUACGUUUCUCGUUGGAAUUCUACAGAAAUUCAGCAUUCACAAAGCGGAUAAUUGUUCCGAUGAAGCAAGCCUUAAAUUACUUCCAGGAAUAACACUUUCACCAAAGCCGUACAAAGUUGUGUUCGAACCGAGAUAAACAUGUGAGGAUCUUUCCUCCGAUUAUACUGCCACCUACUUAUCAAAACCAAUAUAUACGCAUGAGUAGAAGCAGCAACAGCAGCAGCGACUUCAAUGCAUAGAUAGUGACGAACCCUUGAUUCUAAAUCGUCCUUGAAUAUAUGCCAUAGCCGUAUUUUAGUUCUGUAGUUUGAUGGGUUCUUC